UCUUGCGUUUCAGUAACAAAAGCAGUUCUGGAGCGUCCUUGUGGCUGCACGGUAGGACUAAACGUAAAAUAGGACAGUUCUGUUGGGUCUGAACUAAAUAACUACACGAGCUGUGGUGAGGAACUAUACCUCUCCAAAGCUUGUAGAGAAUAUUGGAGAGCAUCUGCAAUGAUAAACCUGUGCGUCAACCAGGACUGAGGCUGAUUUGGGUCCAGUCUGGGGGAUGGCUGACGUGCUGGAGCUCAGGACAGAUGGGAACUCUCUGCUGAAAGCAGUGUGGCUUCGGCGUUUGCGCCUUACAAGGCUUCUCCUGGAAGGUGGAGCCUACAUUAAUGAAAGUAACGAUCGUGGAGAGACACCACUCAUGGUGGCCUGCAUGUCCAAACACUCUGACCAGCAGAGUGUCAGCAAGGCUAAGCUUGUCAAGUACCUUCUGGACAACAAAGCUGACCCUAAUAUCCAAGACAAAGCUGGAAGGACAGCCCUUAUACACGCAUGCAGCCACAGGGCAGGACAUGAGGUGGUCUCACUUCUACUGACUAAUGGGGCUGAUCCAAGCCUGGAGGACCGUCAUGGAUCUUCUGCUUUAGUCUAUGCAGUCAAUGCAGAUGAUAAAGAAACCCUAAAAGUUCUCCUUGAUGCCUGCAAAGCCAAAGGCAAGGAGGUCAUCAUCAUUACAACUGACAAAUCACCAUCUGGAACCAAAACCACCAAGCAGUACCUGAAUGUUCCUCCUUCUCCAGAGUUGGAUGAGAGGACCUCUCCUGCACCUUGUGCCUCACCAUCAGAGAUAGAUCUUCUUGCAUCGCCAUCUCCCAGCAAAGCGGAGGAGCAAGACACUGUAUUCAAUUUUCAAACAAAAUUUAAGUCAGCCUCAAACACAGCAGCCAAACUUUCCAACGGAUUUACUUCCCCCAGUAAGAAGCCCGUGAACCCCAAGAGGGCUCGUCUACCCCAGUUGAAGCGUCUACAAUCAGAGCCUUGGGGUCUGAUUGCCCCCUCCGUCUUGGUGGCGGCCAAUGAAGAGAGCAAGAGAGCCAACUCAGAUGAGGAUGUUGUCACAGGUGUCAAUGGACUGAGCCUGUCCAGAAGAGGCAUUUUGUCCCGGCAUAACAGUGUGGAUGGAAAAUAUAUCUUGUUUCCAAUGGUGGAAGAUCAGACCACAAAAAUCUCGCCAACUUCAUCCCUUCCGACAUCUUCCAAAGCCUCCUAUGAGAGAUCUCUGGCACAGCACCAGCCCCUCGCACGACGUAGCACUGUCCCCACGGAGCAGGAGGGCUCUGGAGGAAACUUGGGGCCAGUUAGCCUCAGAGACACAAUGCACCGGAGGAGACUGGGGAAUGAACACUACGACUCAGACUCCCAGCUGUACUCAGAUUCCAGCAUGCUAGACUCUCCUAAGACACCUCUGGAGAGAAGGAAGCUCAAUACAUCCCCUCUUGCUAUGCUUACAGGUUCACGAGAGUCCUUGGACAGCAAUCCCAGUACCUCCUCCCCAAGCACAGCCAGAUGCAGAGCACCUGGUCUACUGGAGCGGCGCGGCUCUGGAACGCUAUUGCUGGAUUACAUAUCCCACACCCGCCCAGGUCACCUUCCCCCAUUAAACAUCAACCCUAACCCUCCUAUUCCAGAUAUAGGGGCAAGCAGCAAACCCUCAUCCCCACUUGCAGCAGGUAUUAGACCAAUAGCUCCCGUAGCACCCAACUCACCAAAGAGAGGCAACCUCAGGACGAAGAAGAAGCUUGUGAGAAGGCACUCUAUGCAAGUGGAACAGAUGAAGCAGCUUUCAAACUUUGAAGAGCUCAACCAUCAAUCAUGAAACUCAGUCUCUGUAGAUGUAGCAACUUUAAGAUCAUAAAUAUAUGUCUUAGAUUUUGGAUAAUGCUGAAUUUUAGGUAAUUUGCAAUGAAUGUAGCCAUUUAGGGCAAAGGGAUAUUGUAUCAACAGGUUAAUCUACUUGCUACUGUAGUUUCAAUUAGCUCAAUUCAGUUAGUUUUUUUGAAAAAGAAACUGAAAACUAAACUAAUGAAAGGGUUAGUUUAGAUUUAAUAUAUGAUGUAACCUUAUAGUGUAAGCUUAGACUGUCAUUUCCUACCAACCACAGCACUCAUUUUCAAAAUAAAUUUUAGUGGAAAUGGGAUUUACAACAGUCACAAAAAUACAACAAAGAAGUGUGCAAUUUUCCAUUCCACAACAAAGGUAGUGUUUGUCCUCUUAAAGAGUAGGUGAGAGAGUGUGCUAUUAUUCUCUUGCGAAUGAAGAUUGAAUUUGACAGCUUGACUACAGCUAGUUCUAAGCACGGCUCUUCUGCUGCAAACACAAACAGAGACAGAAAUAUCUGUAUCUUCAAAGUCUAGACAUCUCUCCAUGAGAUUCAUUAAGGCAGACAGGAGAGUGAAUGCAAAACCAUACUGUCAAAAUGGAGCAGAGAGGUCACCAGAUCAUACCCAUUAAAAGAAAGCAUUGCAUUGGCUCCCGAUUAUAAAGGGAAGUCCUGCAAGAAAAGCAAAUCGGGUUGAGAAUCGUAGCAAGAAAGAGAAGAUGCAAGAGAAUUUUUCUCUUAUCACUAU